GACUACAUUAUCCAGGCUGCAGUGUGCUCGCGUUCACGUGACCCUCCCGGCUUGCUUGGUGGGUCCUUCCUUCCCACCAGAUGGGAAAAUGGCAGGACUGAGCCCUGGGGAUCGCUGGGCCGAAGCAUUAAUUGAUGAGCUGAGAAGAAAUCCAUGUCCAUUGGAGGAAGUAAGAAACAAUUUUGAUUGCUGUGGCUGUAGUGACUGCAUGAGAAUGAAAAAGGGCCAUAUGUGUGACAGUGGAAGAAGCCAGUCAACAUUUGGAGAAGGCAGCAUGACAUACACCAAGGAACAGUUACUUGGAGUUCAAAGAAUAAAGGAGAGUAAGAAUUACUAUGAAAUUCUAGGCGUAGAAAGAGACGCGAAAGAUGAAGAACUAAAGAAAGCUUACCGGAAACUUGCCCUUAAAUUUCAUCCUGACAAGAAUUGUGCUCCGGGAGCAACGGAUGCAUUCAAAGCAAUAGGCACAGCUUUUGCCGUUCUGAGCAACCCUGAAAAGAGAUUACAGUAUGAUCAGUUUGGAGAAAAGGAAGAUACUUUUUAUACCAACAUGCCCAACCACUAUAACUAUUACAGAGAAUUUGAAGCAGAUAUAACACCGGAGGAAAUAUUUAAUAUGUUUUUUGGAGGGAAUUUUCCAACAGGAAAUAUACAUAUGUUUUCCAAUUCUUCAAUGGACCCCCCAUGUUAUCCACAGCGGAACAGACAUGAAAGGACAUGGGCCCAGGAUGAACAGGAAGAAGAAAUUAGACCACAGAAUACCUACUCAGCAUUUAUCCAGUUACUGCCAGUCUUUAUUAUAAUACUUGUAUCAGUAGUAACUCAGCUGAUGGCUACUAAUCCACCCUACAGCCUCUUCUUUAAAUCGUCUCUAGGGCACACUGUUGUUAGAGAAACACAAAACCUGCAGGUGCCUUAUUACGUGGAUAAAAACUUUGAAAAUAAUUAUCAUGGAGAAGAACUUGAAGAACUUGAAAAACAUAUUGAGAAAGAUUAUAUUGACUAUGUCCAAACUAGUUGCAGGAAAGAAAAACAACAAAAAUCAGAGUUAUCUAAUUUGGCCAAGCUAUAUCGAGAUGAGCGACUGAAACAGAAAGCUGAAUCCAUAAAACUUGAGAACUGUGAAAAGCUGUCCAACCUCAUAGGGAUUCAAAGGAGUCACCAAUUGGCCGAGGUGUGAGAGAACAACGCUGUUCUGUGGGCAGGAAUUGGACUCUCUGUUAUAAUGAAGAGGAAAGGCGUAAUGAGAGAAAAGCAUCCCAUACAAACCACACACGGAAUCAUUAUGUUCAUGGAAACUGUAUAUGGACUGAGACAUAAAGGCAGCCCUUACUGUAGUGUAUACAGUACAUUUCGUUUCAAGAGUUAUUUCAGUGUUAGUGAUUCUUCAUUUGCCUUCAUUUUGUUAUAGUCUUCAUGUUGAUACUUUGCCGCUGUUUAAGUGCCAAUUGGGUGCUUUACAGGGUUAUAGCCAUCAUGCUUACUGAGCCUAUGGUUUGUCAACUUUUAUCUUGCAAGACAUCAUAGUUAGAAGAGAAAAAGAUGGCAUUAGUCUUUCAUGUAUGUAUGUAGGUGUAUAUAGAUACAUACAGAGGCAGUGCGGAUAGAUUCAUGCACAGACAUAUAUGCUGUACAAAACACGUGCAGUUCAGUUUCAAGAGAACUUCACAGAGCAGUGUCUUAAGGAUAUAUACUGUGUUACGUUGCAAUAAAUAAAGCACUUGGAAAAGCUGAAGUGCUGCCUGAAGAUUCAUCAUCUA